CCUCUGUCAGUCCGUCGUCCUCUCACAGGAACAUGCUCCGGUCCCAGACAGUAUUCUGCUUAUUGUGAGACUGAACGACUGGACCGGUGGUACUGACUCUGAAUCAGCAGUGUUAUAAAGGACCGCGAUCAGUUCCAGGACCAGAGCACGAGUUUCAGCCAUGGGAGGCGGUUCAUCUGCUCCAGCUCCACCUCCAUCUCCUCCAACAUUUAAAAAUCCAUGGAGACAAGUAUCCUGGGGAACAAAUGAGAGAGAUCUGCAGUAUGUGAAGGGUUAUCAACCUCAAGCUGAAGAAGUCAAACAUCUCAGAGUUUUGCUCUGUGGACCAGUCGGUGCUGGAAAGUCCAGCUUCGUUAAUUCUGUUGGAAACGUUGUACGAGGGAGAAUGACCAAUUCAGCUUUGGCCAGCACAACCACCUCGGGGACAAGUUUCACCAAAGAUUAUAAAACCCACAGAAUCCCAAAGGAAGGCAGAGGGAACUUUUACCCCUUGGUCUUCAAUGAUGUGAUGGGUCUGGAAGAGGGGACAGAGAGAGGAAUCAGUGUGGAAGACAUCAAACUGGCCAUGAAGGGACAUGUGAAGGAGGGUUAUAAGUUCAAUCCUGUGUCUCCAUUGACUAGUGAUGAUCACGGCUACAACUCUUCACCCUCUCCAGAUGACAGAGCUCACGUUGUGGUUUUUGUGUUUUCUGCUUGUGUGAGUGAAAUUAAGGACUCAGUGUUGAUGAAGAUGAAGGCCGUCAGAGAUGCAGCCAGCAACAUGGGAAUUCCCCAACUGGCUAUUGUCACCAAAAUUGAUGAGGCCUCUCCCGAAACUGCAGAGAGUCUGAGAAACACCUACAAGAGCAAGUACAUAAAGAAGAAGAUGACAGAUCUCAGCUCAGCACUGGGAAUUCCACUGAACUGUAUCCUUCCUGUGAAGAACUACUGUGAAGAAAUCUCCAUUGAUGAUAAUGUUGACACUCUGAUCCUAAGCUGUCUGAGGCUGAUAAUUGACUUUGGAGAUGACUUCAUUAACCAAGUGUAUUUGUAAUUUCUCUGAUGUACAAGUUACUUUAGUUUGAAGUCACAGUUCUUGUAAAUGCAAUAGCAACAGUAAUACUAGAAGCAUUACUAGUAAUUUCUAAUUCUAGCAGCAGGUGUUGAGUGGAGUUGUAGCAGCAGCAGGAGACUUGUCAUCACAGAUCAGACUCUACAGCUCCAGAGGCAGAAAUACCUGCAGAGAGAGACAGAAGAGGAGAGAGAGACGGAAGAGCACAAUACUACAGGAAAGGGAAGAUACUGAGUUAGUAACAUGUUUAUGGGAUAUGAAUCGCAGUGUUGUGUUGUUAUGAAAAUGGAGCACAAUAGCGAGCAGAGCCAUCCUGAGUGGACAAUCACAACACCACAACAUCUGAGAAGCAGCAUGUGGAAGUGAAAGUCAUGAAUAAAGAUGAGGUUGUUUGUCGGCUUUGUAAAAGGCAGCUUUUUUACUCUUCAAUGAUAAUAAAUCUGCAGACUCACCUGCUAGCUUA